AGAACGGUGACCUAACAAAUUGAGUGAUGGACGAUAUAUGGGUCACCGUUCUACUUGAUGGACACUUUGAAUAUUCGUCACAAACGAAGACAGAACUAACGAAAGGAAACGUAACAAUGCUGAUUUAUUUUUUAAGCAAGCAAUGGGCGCAUUUGCUAAUGCUUGCAAAGUAUAUUCGUCUCAUGUCGUUCUUUUUUGAUUACGAAUGGACUUUUCGGCUUGAUUGUCGUGGAGAAAGAUAGAGGAAGAAAAAUACGCAUCGUGUCACUUAUGUACUUCACGUAUGUAUUCUGAUCAUUCCAAGCAUUUUACUUUUUGUAGAUAAUUGGUCCAUUGUCUUUUCUUU